GCCUUGCAGACGUUUAUGCUGGUCGUCGACCAUGACAAACAGGAAGCUCGGCAGAUUGCCGAGCGAAUUGCCCAGGAUAUCGAGAACAAGAAGACGACCCUCGUUGAAGUCGUGCAAUCUCUGGGAGAAUACGUCAAUGACGAAGAUCCACUACUUCGCGGCAAGGCCGUUUCCUACCUGAGCGCGGUGAUCAAGGCGCUUCCUCCAAAAUUCCUCACGAGACAACAGGUCCAGGUCCUGACGACUUUCUUCUGUGACCGGAUCGGAGAUGCAGGCGCGGUUACUGGACUUGAGACGUUGCAGAAACUAGACAGGUUCACGAAGGAGAUGGCUGAGGAAUUGGCGACAGCGCUGUUCGAGAACUUCAAUACCUUGCAAUCUCGUGCGCAGUCUCAGAGAUUUCAGGUGUAUCAGCUACUCAACGAGUUGAUGUCCAAUCACCGAUCUGGUUUGUCGCGGCUUCCUUUCGGCGUCUUCCGUAUACUGACGGAUCUCAUGACAGGUGAAAAGGAUCCGCGCAACCUUAUGUUGGUGUUCUCUAUCCUUAAAGUGAUCAUGGUUGAGUGGGAUAUCUCAAGGCACGUAGAGCUGUUGUUUGAUUCUGUCUACAACUACUUUCCUAUUACGUUCAGGCCGCCGCCAAACGAUCCUUACGGGAUCACUGCACAAGACCUAAAGGACCGCCUGCAAGACUGCAUUUCAUCGACGAGUCACUUCGCGCCCCAUUCUAUCCCGGCUUUACUGGAUAAACUAGAUUCAACUUCUCAGAACGUUAAGAAAGACGCACUGAAUGCCCUGAUUGCCUGUAUCAAUUCAUAUAAUCCCGAUACCGUGUCUACGUAUUCAAUCACGAUAUGGGAGACGCUUAAGUUUGAGGUCCUCAAUGCCCAAGAAGAACUUCUCUCCGACCUCUCUCUCAAGGCGUUACACGAUAUAGCAAGGCGUCUAUCUGAGGGCGUAAUGCAGAUACACGACCAGUUGCCUCUCGCUCAGUACCUACGUCCCAUAACCAAAGAGUGUAACGAGCAAUUAAGAGAACCUCAGCAGAAGCAAGCCAAGCCCGCGCAGAAGAUUUUAAAGGCCGUUUCGGAGGCCUCUGCACCUUCCUUCACUCUGGUCGCGCAAGUUGUCAUUGCACCCCUCUUAACCCUCUACCAGGGAGCCGAUGGGAUCACAAAACAGCGGGCUCUUUUGGAAACAUUGACAUUGCUUUUUGAGUCUGCGAUAUCUGUUUUUGGAGAAUGGACAACGCGGAACCCGGAAACAUCUGCCGAAAAUCCUCUGCUAGAAUUCAAAGAUCAGUUUUCCGAGAUAUUUGGUCAGGCUUUGAUGAGUACGGUCAAAGAAGAGGUCUCUUUCCGCGUUUCUGCUUUGAAAGGAUUCCUACGUCUGUCAGUCCUGCGCGAUUACUUUCACGAGUCUGAGAUUGGCCUGUUUGUGCAAUACCUUGACGAGAUUCUUCUGACGGAAGAGCCAGUAGGCCGCGAUGACUUGAAAAGGGAAGCAAUAGCUGCUCUUGCUGAGGUUUCAAAGCAUCAACCGCGGCUGAUAAUGGAUAUCACCUUCCCGGCCUUCGUCGCUACGCUUCCCGAUUCCGACGAAGGAACGGAUACCAGCUACCUACCUACCCUAGAAACCCUGGCUCAAAUAAGCGUCGAAAAAGCUAUCUUUGAGACACUGCCAGGCUCUGUGGCCUAUCCAAGGGCCAUUCUCAUGACCAUCUUUUAUGUUAUGAACCAGAGGCGACUGGAUGGAGAACCUGGUUUGGAGAUGUACUAUGAUAAAAUAGUGGUAGCUAUGUGCCGGAAUGCUGCUGCAACAGCUUUAGGUAAAGCGAAGAAUAACAUCCUAGGUGAUACCACGGUUCUCGAUGUCCUAGGACGGCUCUGCAACCUCAUUGUUAGGUCUCUCCCAAGACUAAAGCAAGAUGAAGUUACAAAGAACAUCUACGCCCUGUUCGCUUUACCCGAGGACUUCCAGCCUGUCCCAUUUGCGCAGUCGCCAUCUGAAGAUCAGCGACGUACGAUGAUUCUGUCGACCUACCUUUUAGCUGGUCUGCCAGUGGACUCGAAACUCCCCCACAGCACCCCCAACAUGGCCGACCUUCUCUCAUACCUUGUGAAGCUCUCCAUAGCUGAAACCUCGCCCCAAAUCCAACUCGCCAUCCUUCGCCACAUUGCUCUUCUCGUGAACAAAUUCCUUCCCAAAUCCGAGCUUGAAAUCGCAAACACAUUACUAAAUUCCUUCCUUUUCACGGACACUACGACCGCUUUAGAGCCAACACCAGAAGCCGUCAGAACAGUUUUCUGGCUUUCCAAAGCGCUCAUUCUCCGCCUCGCUCCAACAACGACCCAGAUCCUUACCUCCCUUCUCCACCUCCUCUCCUCACCGUCUGAACAAACAAGCACAACUGCCUCCCGUGGCUUUGCUAUCCUUCUAAAGGAUGAUGACGUUCUCUCCCCCAUAAACGGCGCGAAUAUCCGCCUCCUCUCCAAACAACGUGUCUUCACUACCUUGGUCCCCCUCAUUUCCACCAAAAUCCGGGAGAUUAACAUUAACAGCAGCGGAACCACCAUGAUGGCAGCAGAGCAAGACAAAGCCUACAUGAAACCCGCCCACUUAACAGCCCUCUCUGGAAUUCUCUCGACUAUCCCUCCUGCUCUUGUUAUGCCUGAGCUCCCAACCCUGCUACCCCUCCUCCUGCAAUCCCUUGACCUCCAAACAGCAACACGCGACUCUUUCGCCGUCCGCGCCGCGACACUCCAGACCUUAUCGGUCAUCAUUCGCGAGAAUGGGGUCGGCGUCAUUGAAGAGUGCGGGCAUGUCCAGAGCCUAGUCACUCGACUCCUCAAGACAGCUGAGCACAAGCCAUUACCUGCUGCAUCUGCCUCUGAAAAGACUGGUGAAGGAGCGGCUGUAAACGCACCCCGCCUCCGGGUCGACGCGCUUAGAUGUCUCUUCUUACUCGCCCAGCCUCGUAAUGCGGAAAAUGCCCCUGCCGUUGCGAAAGCCGGUAAAUUGUCGCCGCUUUUGCCAGUUCGGAGCCAGGUUCUGCGCGCACUGAAAGUUGUCCUUGAUGAUCCGAAGCGGGAUGUUAGGAAGGCUGCUGUUGAUGCGAGGGGCGCUUGGUUGAGGGGGAUUGAGGAUGCAGAGGACGAUGACUGAAGAUGAAUAACAUUGCGGGAACUGUCUGGUCAAAAUCGUUAUUGCUUACUAGGCUAGAUGAUUAGAGGAUAUAUUCCACACUAGUGAUCUCUUAGCAUUUUUCUGAAUCCAGAC